AUGCAAAAGCAGCACCGGAUUUGCGUAAAACCCACUUGAUUGCUGCACCUCCCUCUCAGGGUUCUCUACUCUCUCUCUAUUAACUUCAAUCCUAAGUAUGAUUUAUGAUUUAUGAUUUAGCCCCUCCGCUCUUUAAAUGAACACAAUUAGUUUUUGAGUUACUCCCUCUCCACCCCACAACAUAACAAUAUUUCUACCUCUUGAAACAUUUUAAAUGACACAAGCACCACUGGGUAAUAUUUCACGCUAUUUAGAGGCAGUGACCACUUCAGAGUUCACAUUCUUCCUACAUCAUUAAGUAAGUAACAUUGGCAUUCCCACAUAGUCCUCUCUCACAAAUGGGUCGCCAUUCCUGUUGUGUGAAGCAAAAAUUAAGGAAAGGCUUAUGGUCCCCUGAAGAAGAUGAGAAGCUAUUUAAUUACAUAACAAGAUUUGGAGUCGGAUGCUGGAGCUCGGUUCCCAAACUAGCUGGAUUACAAAGAUGUGGAAAGAGUUGCAGGUUGAGAUGGAUAAACUAUUUGAGGCCUGAUUUAAAGAGAGGCAUGUUCUCACAGCAGGAGGAGGAUCUUAUAAUCAGUCUUCAUGAAGUUCUUGGAAACAGGUGGGCUCAAAUAGCAGCACAGUUACCAGGGAGAACAGACAAUGAGAUUAAGAACUUCUGGAACUCAUGUUUAAAGAAGAAGCUUCUGAAGCAAGGGAUUGACCCAAGUACACACAAGCCCCUCACAGAAGCUCAUGUGAAGGAAGAAAAGAAAAUCAUAGAGACAUCACCAAUGCAAACACCAUUGUCUCAAGGCCCUUCAGUUCCAUUAAUCUUUCCUUCAUCACAGGGAUCAUCACUUCUAAUAAGUGAUUCCAGUUACUAUGAUGGAGGGCUAACAGAAGCCUCAAGAGAAAUUUUCAUGACCAAGCCAGCAUUGGACCCUUUGUCCUACUAUGAUUUUCCAAUGGGUGUUGCACAGUCUGGUUUUAACUUACCUGUUAGUCAGUAUCAGACAAGCCUUAAAGCAUCUGAUCAGAACCCCUUUGGACCCAAUUCAAGCUAUGUAUUCUCUUCAAUGCCAAGUCUAACCAAUUCUGAUCACGGGAACGUGUCGGUGACUGAGUUUUCAGACAACAAUUCAGCUUCCAAAAUAAGUUCAUUGUUCAUGAAUGACCAGGUGAAAGAAAGUUCCAGCAACAGCUCAAACUUGAGCACCAUUUACCAUGGAGGAGGGUGUCAUAUCAGCAGCAUGAUGGAAAAUGCAGGGUUCUCGUGGGAGGGUGACAACAAGUUUGACCCUUUGUUUCAGUUCCAAGUAAAUGCCACAAAAUCAGAGGAUUUUAAGACAAGUUCAUGGGAAGAAGGGCAGCUGCAUACUCAAAAUUCCAUAGAUUUCACGAGCUUUCCGUUAACGUCACUUUCAGAAGAUCUAACAGGAGCAAAUUUUGAUGUAUUCCAGCAUAUAUGAACUGUAAAUUCUUUUCUUUCUUUCUUUUGAUUUUUUGAACUCUUUUUCAUGUUAGCAAAAAUAGAAUGAUGUUGAUAGUACAGGAGAUUUGUAGCAAAAGAUUUGAGAUGAGAUGAUUCCCCCCCUCCCCCGCAUCUAUUAUUACCAUUGAUGUAUCUGUUUUCAUCACCCAAAGUUUGAAUAACGAUAUAUUCAAUUGAGUGCAGCUAAUUUUGUUUUAUGACUGUAAUA